GGUGUAGUGUUGUGUUGUUUCUGGCUUCACACCUGCCUGCUGUUUGGUGACUGGUUUCCAUUUUCGCAGAGAGGCGGACGGUACAACAACAUGGAGCCGGAGAUGGAGGACAAAACCCUGGAGCUGAUGUGCUCUUUGCCUCGCUCUCUCUGGCUGGGUUGUUCCUCGGUGGCAGAGAGCCUGUGUGCUCUCAGGUGCCUGCAGAGCCUCCCCACCUCCCGGGCCCACAACCAGAACCUAACCGUGAUGGAGUCACAGAAUCUCACUGACGACCUCUCGCCAAAGAAGACGACAGUUUUUAAGCUGGGAAAUGGUACUCUGUCUGGCUCGAGGAAACGUCUGUCACGUGCCACCUUUGAGAAAGAGAAGGAGAUGUGUAUCCAGAUGUUCGAACAGUGGUCAGAGGCUGAUCAGGUGGAAUUUGUGGAGCAUCUCAUCUCACGCAUGUGCCACUACCAGCAUGGCCACAUCAACUCUUACCUCAAACCCAUGCUACAGAGAGACUUUAUAACAGCCCUGCCAGCACGGGGUCUGGAGCACAUAGCAGAGAACAUCCUGUCCUUUCUGGAUGCACGCUCUCUGUGCGCGGCUGAGCUGGUGUGUCGCGAGUGGCACCGGGUCAUCUCAGAGGGCAUGCUGUGGAAGAAGCUCAUUGAGAGGAUGGUGCGCACUGAUCCACUGUGGAAAGGCCUGUCUGAAAGACAUCAGUGGGAGAAGUACUUGUUCAAGAACCGCACAAAUGAAGUCCCACCCAACUCGUACUAUCACUCACUCUACCCUAAAAUUAUACAGGACAUUGAGACGAUUGAGGCAAACUGGCGCUGUGGCAGACACAAUCUGCAGAGGAUCCAGUGCAGAUCAGAGAACAGCAAAGGGGUUUACUGCCUACAAUACGACGACGACAAGAUCAUCAGCGGCCUCCGAGACAACUCCAUUAAGAUCUGGGAUAAGCACACUCUGGAGUGUCUGAAGAUUCUGACAGGUCACACUGGUUCAGUUUUGUGUCUGCAGUAUGAUGACAGAGUAAUAGUGACCGGUUCCUCAGACUCUACUGUCAGGGUUUGGGAUGCAAAUUCCGGUGAGGUUCUGAACACUCUGAUCCACCACAACGAGGCGGUCCUUCACCUGCGUUUCUGUAAUGGCCUGAUGGUGACGUGCUCUAAAGAUCGCUCCAUCGCAGUGUGGGACAUGGCCUCCGCCACUGACAUCAGCCUGCGCCGCGUGCUCGUGGGCCACCGGGCCGCCGUCAACGUCGUCGACUUCGACGACAAAUACAUUGUCUCAGCCUCAGGAGACAGAACUAUAAAAGUGUGGAGCACCAGUACCUGUGAAUUUGUCCGAACACUAAAUGGACACAAGCGAGGUAUUGCCUGCCUCCAGUACAGAGACAGACUGGUGGUCAGCGGCUCCUCAGACAACACCAUAAGAUUGUGGGAUAUUGAGUGUGGGGCAUGUCUGCGAGUCUUAGAAGGCCAUGAGGAACUCGUUCGUUGCAUUCGGUUUGACAACAAAAGGAUAGUCAGUGGAGCAUACGACGGGAAGAUUAAAGUGUGGGAUCUGCAGGCUGCUCUGGACCCUCGUGCUCCAGCCAGCACUCUCUGUCUGCGCACACUAGUGGAGCCAGCAAAAUGCAGCCUAUAUAGGGAGCUGCCUUCUGAUUGGAACACAGUUGGUCAUCUAAAGGAGCAUUCUGGCCGUGUGUUCCGUCUACAGUUUGAUGAGUUCCAGAUCAUCAGCAGUUCCCAUGACGACACCAUCCUUAUAUGGGACUUCCUGAAUGUCUCCCCCAACGGACAGCCAGAAGGACUCCCUCAUGCAGCCAGAUCGCCCUCACGCACCUACACGUACAUCUCCAGAUAGCGGGUGCCUUUGAUGUGUGCCAGUGUGUCCUGGGAAAGCUGAGAUCUGAUUGGCUACGGGCUUUGUCUGUCCCAGAAAGGAGUGAAAGGAACUUCCUCCUUGUUUUGAUCUCUCCGGUCUGAUGGGAAGCUUCUCCAGUAACACUCAACAAGUUUGCCACAGAAACAUAUUCACACACCAACUAUGAGCCGAAAUGGAAACACUGUCUCUGUAAUACAAUAGCACACAGCACAAUUUUAACGGUUUUGCUCUGCAUUAAUUCUAGAUUCACACUGCAAAUGGCAUUUAGAAGCUUGAAAUGAUAUCUAUUGCCAGAGUAUUGCUAAGAACUUCUUAGAAUAUAAUAUAAACUCUUGAUACCUGCACUAACCCCCCUACCCAAGUAUACACAAAACACUCUGUCAAUAGACAAUUUAACUUUUCCGUUUCUCUUCUGAAACUGUUGAAUGGACAGACUGCGGUGUUAGAGAAAGAGACUCUUAACGAACCUGCCAAGGAGAAUGGAGUGAAUGGACUACAUGGACAGACUAGUGAAGUAUUUCUGUCUCUCUUUCUGUCUCUCUGGCCCUGGGCUUUUCUCCAGGACCAGAAAAGUGCACUCUUAUUUAAGCAUCGGAGAAUGACUGCUCUGUGCCGGCAGAACUGAGUUUGAUUUCUCCACCUUGUCUCGUUCUCGUCUCAAGGCUGAGACGGGCAUUGUGCAUGUGAGACAGUGUGGAAUCCCUCCUCCUGGCUCUGCUUUUUUUCUUCUUUUUUGGUUUACUUUCAGAUUGUUUUAUUACUUUUUUAUUUAAUUGUACUCAUUUUCAUUGUAUGCUUAUGCUAGGCAUUGUAGAGCUCUUUGUUCCACUCAAUGGCUAGUGUGUUUCUCAGAUUUCUCUGUUUCAAUCUCUCUCUCUGUCUCUCUCUCUCUAUCUGCCUGCUUGCUGUAUGAUAGCGGAUUUUAGUUGUAAGCCAAACUGUCUUGUCAAAUAUUGUGUUGUAUAUUAAAAUUAUUAUUAUUUUUUAAGAAAAAUACAUUUAUUGUGAAUAAAGUACAAGACCGUG